GAAAGAGAGCAGCUUAGUGACUAAACAGUUUCGAUUCUGCAGACUGACUAUUCUGCUUUGCCAAACCCAGAGAAAAGCUAAGUUUCACUUUCUGUUCCCAGUUAUUUCACCACAAAUCACAUGAGGGCUGGAUCAAAUAAAAUGGAAAGCACAACAGUGGGCAGCACUUCUUUGUCUUUGAGGCUGCCUGAAGAUGAGUGAGCAGAGAAGAGAAAUCAUGAGUACCAUUUCCAAGGAUUCCUUGAAGACUUCCCUGCUGCAGUUAGAAUGUCAUUUUACGUGGGCUUUGCUGAAGGAGCAUGUAGGUCUUGAGGCCCUAGAGGAAACAAUACGUGAUCAUAUCAAGUUCGUCGUAGAAUCCAACAUUGUAGAUUAUAAUAUACUCUCCUAUGUAUGUCACCUGAAGAAUUCAAAUGAGGAAGCCCUGAGAAAUCUCAGAAAAGCUGAAGAAGCUAUUCAAAAACAUCACCCAGGUGAAAUUGCCAGGAGAAGUCUUGUUACAUGGGGGAAUUAUGCCUGGAUUUACUACCAUAUGCAGAGAUAUGAAGAAGCUCAAGCUUAUGUAAGCAAAGUGGAAAACAGCUGCAAAAAGCUUUCAAGUACUGCUGAUGGGAAGAUUCAGCUUCCAGAGAUCUGUGCUGAGCAAGGAUGGGCAUUUUUACGUUUUGGGAGGAAUUACUUCGAGAGGGCAAAGAAUUGCUUUGAGAAUGCUCUGAAGAGUGAUCCCGAUAACCCAGAUUUUAAUGCUGGCUAUGCAAUAGCAAUGUAUCGCUUGGAAGAUUGCGCUGAGAGGUAUGGUGAAGAGAUGAAGUCAUGCCUUGAGGCCCUGAAGCAGGCAGUGGAACUGAAUCCAGAGGACACUACCAUUCUGGCAUUACUUGCAUUAAAACUCCAGCGAUUAAAGCGAGGUCAUGAAGGGGAGAGGUACAUUGAAGAAGGACUGCAGAAAACCCCUGAUUCUCCUGUUUUCCUGCGACAUGCUGCUAAUUUUUACAGAAAGAAAGGAGAUGUGAACAAGGCAGUGGAAAUUUUGGAGAAGGCCCUAGCACUGACGCCACAGUCUGUCGUUCUGCAUCACCAACUAGGACUCUGCUACAGAAGUCUGCUACAGAAGACACUUCACUUGAAAAGGACAAGAUACACACCUCGAGAGGAAGUGGAGAAUCUCAUCCAGCUUGCCAUUUUUCAUUUUAAAAUAGUGAUAGAAAAAAAGCCAGUAUUUUUUUCUGCCUAUGGUGACCUAGCAAACAUAUAUGCACUAGGCAGGAGGUAUGAAGAAGCAGAAGAGCUAUUUCAGGAAGUGCUUCAGAGAAAUGAUGUACCCUGUGAGGAAAAACAAGAAAUCUACUUCUGUUAUGGCAAUUUUCAGCAUUUUCACAUGAAGUCAGAAUCAGAAGCCAUUAAGUAUUACAUAGAAGGUCUGAAAAUAGACAAAGAUUCCUAUGGAAGAAAAAAGUGCAGUGAAGCUGUGGAGACAUUGUUGGGACGGAAAAUUAGGAGCGGUUUAGGAGAUGCCACAGACAUUGGUACACUUGGACUCGUUCAUAAACUAAAUAGUAAGAAACAAGAGGCAAUUGAAUGUUAUAAGAAAGCUAUUGCUUUGGAUCCCAACAAUGAAGAGUAUCAGACUGCAUUAGUUGAGCUACAACUUUCCAUCUCAAGCUAAAGCUCACAAAAAUCCUAUGUACCAAAAAAAACCCCAAACCAAGGACAUUUCAACUGACACAAAACUUCUUUUGUUGUUUGUUUUUCAUUUGAAGGUAGACAUUAUGACCAGAUGGAACACGAUGGCAUCACUUUCAUGGUGGUCAUAGUAUAGAAACUGCAGAUAACAAUUGUUUGUUUGUUUGUUCACUAACAGAUAGCACACUUGGAUAACUAUAGAAUAAAUAUAUACAAUAUAACCUGAUGCUAACAUGGGUAUAAAUGUACUUAAGUGAUGGUCUGUAGAACAUAGAACUUCUACAUUGAAAACAAACAUUAUCUUCAACUGAGAAAAAGAUAAGGGAAUCAUAUUGUAGUAUUUUGUCUGUACACUUGAAGGGCAUGCUUAUACACAAAGAGAAUUUCUGAAGCUUUUUUAGGCAUUUCAAAAAUAUCCUCUGUAGAAGAAACUUUCGUUGAAGUCUUGUUCAGUUUACUACCUUGUAUGCUGUUGAAUUAUGAAAAACAAACUGUUUAGCUAGUCCACUGGAAAACUUACAAAGUGUGUAUUAUUGUUGUGAACUACUAAAGUCUGUUGAAUACAUCAACUGUUGCUUCUGGGUAUCUCUUUGAUGACCAGCCUUCAUGUUAGUAGAUUAAGUAAAGAUAAAUAGCCAUUCCAAAAAGUAAGAAGGAGAGAGUUUUAGUAGAAUACAAAAGGCUGAGAAGACAGCCCCAUUUAUUUUCCCUGAGCUCUCAGCAAAAGGGAAAGCUCUCCAGGGGCAUUGCUCCAAAGAAUUAAACUGCACAAAAGAGCAUCUCUCUAAUUUACCCAAAGCACCCUAACAGGAACCACAACAGCAAACAUCUGGAGAGGAAGAAAAGGCAGUCUUUGAAAUGCCAAAGAGAGGGCUAUGGCCAUGCUUGUGAAACAGGCCAGGGAUAGCAAACACACACAAGAAAUGACCUGAACUGGACAUGGAAGGCAGAGCACUACCAGAGCAGAGUUGGGUGAGCACCACAGAGCAGGGGAACAUAAGUGGUGUGUGGAUAAAGGAUUGGGUGCUACAGAGUCUACAUGAAUGGAAGAAAGGGCUGAAAUGACAGAAUGGGUUGACAAGGUGAUUGUCUCCAGAUAUCCAACUAAAUUUCAAUAUUCUUUGCAACAUCCUGGCCUAAUUCCCCAGUAUUGUACCUUUGUUUGAUAGACCAUAGUAUGUUGCAUCAAGCACCAGCAUGUCCCUGAGAGUGACCCGCACCUCGGGGCCCAGCGCACUCUGCUAAUAAAGAGCUGACAAAAAGGUGAGGAGAAGGGGUCCUGUUUGGAAAUCCAAGCACUGCUUAUGUCAGCAUAUGUAUCAUGGGUACAGCCUCGAAUGUGUUCCAGGGACAAGAGCCAAAACGGGGCCAAGGAUCCAGGGUUAUAUACCAGAGAAAAUGGGUGGUCUUGAUGGUCAGGGUCCAAUAGGGAUUGGGGGAAAAUGGUGCAGAGGGGUGGCCAGGAACCAGGGGGACUAAUAGGAUCACAGGGGUGUGGUAUUGCAGCAAAAAUAAGCCAGUGGGGUCCAAGGGAAGGAAGAACAUUCUGGGAGGAGUGCAUAUAUGGUGAACAGGAGCAGAGCAGGCUGAUAUAAACUUAGCAAACCAAUAGAACAACAAAACCCAAGAAAUAUUAACAUGUGGCUGCAAAGGCCCAUGGGAGGAAAGUUUUUCUCACUCUAAUGUAAAAGGGUAUCUCAGGCUGCUAGGCUUCCAUAAUAGUACUCAGGGAUAACUUAUGCUGUACUUCCAAAACACUUCUGAGCCCUAGCCACUAGUGUAGCAUGAAGCAAACUGGUCACAGAGCCUAUCAGAAAGUAUGUGCAUGUGAGUUUCUAGCCAUCCUGGAGCAUUCCUGCAUCCACAACGGCACCCCUGUACAGACAGGAUGACAGACCAUGAAGGAGUGCAAAACACCAAUGCUAGGUCACAAAUUAUCAAUAAACCUCUUCCUUCUCAGCUCUCCUUCAGAGAAUCUUUCAUAACACAAACAAAAGCCAUCAGGUGUACAUAAUUGCAAACACCCUCUUCCUAAGAAAGAGCUGGAGCAAAAUCCACCCUGGUUUCCCAGCACCCUGCCAGCUUCUCUCUUUCACACAAAGGCAAUCCUACCUGGGGAAGGAGCAGUGAGGAGGGAGAACAGGAAAGACUGGGAACAGUUCUACCAGACCACUCCUGAAAGCUGGCUGAAAUAACAGUGAGGGCAAAGUCAGGAACCGGUGACAUUACAUUGGUGUGCCCAGUAUGGGGACAAAAGGGUCUGUUAGAUGAUCUCACUGCCUUUGUGAAUCUUGAGGGUUUCUAAGAUCAGAAUCAUAGCUAUAUAAACUCUACUGAGGGCAUAGAGGGUGGAGGGCAGCAGAGAAGAAUUUAAGGAAGAGGUGGUGUGGGUUCUCAAAGCCAUGGUGGCACAUCCAUCUUCCCAUCUACACUGCCAUCAGGAUGUCUCCUGAAAAAAAGAACCUUGAAGAAAUAAGGAUAAGUUAUAAAUUAUUUGGGGGGGAAAAAAAAAAAAAAAAGAGCCUGAAUUUUUAUGAAGAGUCAUAGCAGCUCGAUCUGCAUAGUGAAGAAACUAACUGUGAGAUCUAGUAAUGCAAAAAGUGUAUUUGUUGUGCCUCACCUCCUCUCUACUCUGGACCAUACUACUACCUGGGGAUGCUCUGUGCAAACACAACCUCCUGGAUUUUGGCUCUUGUGAACGAGGAAAAACGUUAUUUUCCACAUGGUGGUGCUGCUGCAUUACCUGGCAUGCCAACAUGGGGAGCAGGUUAAGCACGAGCUUCGGGA